AUGGAAUUACAAGAUGGAGCUAUAUUCUCGACUUGUAACACAAUGAUAUACAAUCACACAUUUUGGUAUGCUUCUUAUCGAUAUUCAUUGUUAAAUAUUCGUAAUCAUAUGCUUCUGCUAUGA